AUGGCUGGUGUAACUGUGAUAAAGAGUGAGUUUGAAUCUGUAAAAAAGAGUAGGGUUGAGUCAGUGAGAAAGAGUAAUUUUCAGUCAGUCAAAAAGAGUAAGAAUGAAACAACUUUGAAGGGUAACUUACAAUCUAUUGAAAAAAGUGUUGAGAAGAGUGUGGUUCAUUCUGUGCAAAAGAGCGUGGGUGCCUCUGUGGAGAACAAUGCAAGGGGAGGUGGCUCAGGUGUGCAUGGAUGUGAUGAGGGUUUGGGAGAGAGAUUUGAUGACAAUGAUGAAGAUGGGAGUUACAUACCAUCUUGUGAGGAAGAGGAAACUGAUGAUGACAUGGAUGCUAAGGAGCUUGUGUCUGAGGAUGAAGAAUACACUCAAGCUAGGUUGAAGAAGAAGAAAGAAAAGGAGGUGUUUGUCUUAACUGAUGAUAUGUUUCAUGAGAUAGUGAAUGGAGGACAACAAAGUGAAUAUGUGUCUGAGUAUGAGAAUUUUGAAGAGGAGGAUAUAUACUCUGACUCAACUGAUUUUGAAGAGGAAGGGAGAAGAGCCCGAGACAGACAUGCUAGAGCUAGAGAUGCAAUCACAGAUAAUGUCGUGGAGAAUGCUUGGCAAAUCCAUUUGAAGAGAGCAAGUAAGAAGCAUGUUGAAGCAGAGUGUAGAGAACCUUGCAAAUGGAGAUGUUAUGGCAGUCGAGUCAAUAAGUCAGGUGAUUUCAUCAUGAGGAAUGUGAAAGGAGUCCACACUUGUCCAGGAAAAUACAUGGAGGUAUUCAGACUUAGACCACAACUAAGCUAUAAAGAGUUGGGUUUGGACCUAAUGCAGAGGUAUGCCUUUGAGGACACAAGGUGGAGGUUGUAUCAUGCUAAGAAGAAGUCCAUUGACUUGUUGAGGGGAUCAGUGGAAGAACAUUAUUCUAAGCCGAGGAGAUACAUACAUGAGUUAGAUAGAGCUGACAAAGAAGGGAGGUUCGAACAUGUGGAUGUUGGUGUUGUUUUCAAAGCAAUUUAUAUUUGUUUUUCUGGACUUAGAGAGGGUUUCAAGGAGGGGUGCAGGAGGGUAAUAGGCCUGGAUGGGGCUUUUCUGAAGACAUAUUUAGGUGGGAUUUUGUUAUCAGCAGUAGGAACUGAUGGUAACAACCAAAUGUACCCUAUAUCUUGGGCUGUUGUUGAGAUUGAGAAUGAGGUUUGCUGGAGUUGGUUCAUCAACAUUCUAAGGCGAGAGCUGAACUUGGGAGAAGGAGUUAGAAUUACAAUCAUCAGUGACCAACAGAAGGGACUUGAGAAUGCAGUAAAAAAUCUUAUCCCACUGGCCGAGCAUAGAAAUUGUGCAAGACACAUCUAUGCAAAUUGGAAAAAAACUCACAAAGGUCCAGCAUUGAAGCAACUUUUUUGGAAGCUCGUUAGAAGCACGUACAUGGAGGAAUAUAAUUUGGCAUGCAAAGAGUUGGAGAAGGAAGAUGGUCAAGCAUUUGCAGACUUGAUGGACAAGAACCCUAGCAAAUUGUGUAAGGAUUUCAUCACUCCAAUACAGUGUUCUGAUUCUAUUAUGAACAGUGUAUGUGAAUGUUUUAAUGCCUAUAUACUAGAGGCUAGGAGUAAACAUCUAAUAGACAUGCUUGAAGAAAUGAGAACUAGAUUAAUGGAGAGGCUGUACAAGAAGUAUGUAGAUAUAGAGUCCUAUGAGAGUACUUCACAGUCACACUUAUGUCCUAAAGUGAAGAAGAAAAUUGAAGCCAUGAUUUAUGAGAGCAGAAAUUGUACUACCAUUCCUGCAAUAGGGGGUAGAUUUGAAGUCAAUCACUUUGAGGAUAGAUUUGUAGUGACUCCAUCUUUGAAGCAGUAUGGAUGUAGGAAAUGGGAAAUAACAGGAAUACCUUGUAUACAUGCAUGUGUUGUUAUUAAUUAUCUGAAGCAGGAUGUGGAUGAGUAUGUACAUGAAUACUUUUCAUUGAGCAAGUAUAAGGUGGCUUAUGGGUACAGUGGUAUCACAACUGUUCCAGGGAGGAGAGGUAGAGGAAUGGGAAGAGGAACAAGAACAUGA